AUGCUAGAGGUUGUGGCGCGAGAGGGCGCGGUGCUCGAGGCCGUGGUGGCAGAGCUAGAGGCCGUGGAGGCCGGGGCCGAGAUUGUGGACUUCGGCGGAUUCGGGAGAGAGUGUGGUGCCGAGUGUGGCGACUGCGUCGGUGACCCAGUCGUUAUUGGCUCGUUUUCCGCCAGUGGUUCCACAGGGGCUCCGGGAGUACCUCCAGUGGCAGAGGUGCAGCAGAGGGCUGCGGGAUUUGUUCAGCCGCAGGCUGUGGGUUUGAUGGUGCCGUCCUAUUUGGAUAUGAUGGGGCACAUGCAGAGGAUUGGUACGCCGUACUUUGAGGGCGGAGUUAGCCCAGAGGCGGCAGAUGAGUGGCGUCAGAGAUUGGAGCGGAAUUUCCAGUCUAUCAGAUCUGGUUUAGUACCAGUGGGCGGUUUUGAGUCCCACGUUUUAUUCGACUCUGGAGCAUCGAAUUGCUUCAUUACACCGGAGCGUGCCGAGAAGAGUGGCAUCCGGAGUAGCGCGGGCGAGAGCGCGGGCAUGGUCAAGGUGGCGGGAGGUGGAUUCUUGUCUACUUUGGGCCGUGCUAGAGGAGUCGAGAUCGAGAUUGCGGGGCAGUCAAUGCCAGCAGACUUAGUCAUCAGUCCGGUGGAGCUGUAUGACGUUAUUCUCGGGAUGGACUGGUUGUCACACUACAGAGUUCAUCUGGAUUGCUACAGAGGUAGAGUGGUCUUCGAGCGAGAUGCAGGGAGGUUGGUUUAUCAGGGAGUGAGACCGACUUCCGGGAGUAUUGUGAUAUCUGCUAUUCAGGCCGAGCAGUUGUUAGAGCGGGGCUGUGAGGCGUAUCUGGCGACGAUUUCUAUGUCUGAGUCAGGAGCUGGAGUUGUUAUGGGAGAUAUUGAGGUUGUCCAGGAUUUUGAGGAUGUCUUUCAGUCACUGAAGGGAUUACCACCAUCUCGGUCUGAUCCUUUCACGAUUGAGUUAGAGCCGGGGACAGCACCGAUAUCGAAGACGCCUUACAGGAUGGCGCCAGCUGAGUUGGCAGAGCUGAAGAAGCAGAUAGAGGACCUUUUGUCUAAGGGGUUCAUUCGACCAGUGUUUCACCGUGGGGAGCACCGGUACCCACUCCCGAGGAUUGAUGAGUUGUUGGAUCAGUUGAGGGGUGCUACUUGGUUCUCCAAGAUUGACUUGGCAUCGGGGUAUCAUCAGAUCCCGAUAGAUGAGGCAGAUGUCAGGAAGACUGCUUUCAGGACGCGUUAUGGGCAUUUUGAGUUUGUGGUUAUGCCUUUCGGUUUGACUAACGCGCCGGCAGCCUUCAUGAGAUUGAUGAACGACGUGUUCAGGGAGUAUUUGGACGUGUUUGUCAUCAUUUUCAUUGAUGAUAUUCUGGUAUACUCGAGGAGUCAGGAGGAGCAUGCGACUCACUUGAGGUUGGUUCUGGAGAAGCUUCGGGAGCAGAAGCUUUUUGCUAAGUUGAGCAAGUGCAGUUUCUGGCAGCGAGAGAUGGGAUUUCUUGGCCACAUUGUUUCUGCAGAGGGAGUUUCUGUGGAUCCGGCUAAGAUUGAGGCUAUCAGAGAUUGGCCUAGACCUAGUAGUGCCACCGAGAUCAGGAGUUUUCUGGGUUUGGCAGGAUACUACAGGAGGUUCGUCAAGGGGUUUGCUACCAUGGCGCAGCCGAUGACGAAGUUGACCGGGAAGGAUGUCCCUUUUUUGGUCAGCUGA